UCAAUUGUUAUUCGAAAAAUGAAUACUUUAAGAACCAUAACAGCUCUAGUGUUGUGUUGCUUUGCUAAGGCACAACCAACACCUUGUGAUGGAUUUCCACCAUCUUUCUAUGGACUAGGGUCAUCUUGUUAUCCACCAGCACUACCAGCACCUUGCUUACCGCCUCCAGCACCAUUACCACUUCCACUCCCUUUCCUACCGCCUCCAUUACCAUGCUUAGCACCCCUACCACCCCCAUGUCUACCACCCCCAUGUCUACCAGCCCCGCUUCUACCACCACUAUGCCUCCCAGCACCACUUCUACCACCACCAUGUCCACCAGCACCACUUUUACCACCCCCGUGUCUUCCAGCCCCACUUUUACCACCACCAUGUCUUCCAGCCCCACUUCUGCCACCCCCAAGCCUUCCAGCCUUACCUGUACCACCAUGCAUACCAUCUCCACCAAUUAGUCCAGCUACUUUAGCCGCCUUAUUAGCUACUCUUAAAGCAGCGGCACCUGUUUCACCCCUUGCCACACUCCCUGUCCCACCACCAGCAAAACCAGUCUUUGGACCAGCUCCCACCGUAGCUACAACCCUGUCGGUCCCCGCACCCGCACCUCAAGUCAUAGCUCCAGGACCAGCACCCGGACCAUUGAUAGUCCAAUUGCCGUCAGUAGCCGGAAAGACAGCGCCAAUCGUCGUUCCCGCCGGUCCAGCGCCUAACUUGCUCGUCAAACUGACUCAAAGCCCAGCUCCCGCACCCAUCAUACUUCCAGGAGCGGCACCCGGCCCAAUCGUCAUCAACGACGGAAAUGUAAUUAAGGAACAAUCCAUCACGAGUGCACCGGCUCCCGACCCAAACAAAAUAUUCUUCGCUUUACCACCACCGUUACCGACUCCACCAGUCGUGUUGCCACCCGCGCCAUUGCCAAAGGUGUUCUUCAAUCCCGGUCUGUACAUCCAAAAACCUGAUAUCGUUUACCAAACACCGGUUGGUCUACCUCAAUUGUUUUUGAUUCCGUCACCGUGCGCAUGUCCAGCACCGUGCUUCCCACCUCCAGGUCCAUGCAAUCAACCACCAGUUGUCGCUAAGGUCCCUUGCGGCUGUUAAAUUAUUUCGUCAACAUAACAUUUUAAAUAUUGACGUACUGGAUUCAUACAACCUACCACUACAAAUUUAAUGUUAUUACACGUGAUUUUUAAUUUUUUUUUAUCAUUAUUUUAAUCAAAUACUCGUACUUUUUACCAUAAUACUAUAACAAGUAUGUACAAUUAUUUUAUAAAACUAUAAAAGUUAAUUUUUGUGUUAUA